CACAAUGUCGACAAACGGCAGCACCUCGAGAAUAUUACAGUUUUUAGCCCCAGAGGAGCGCCAUUUGUUCGGAAUUGAGACUCCUUUCCAGCGUCUUGCUUGGCAAAUGCAAGACAUAUUAGGGGAUGGAGGAGUUCUCAAAGAGGUGAUCCAUGCAGGGGAAGGUCCACCCAUACCCUUGCAUGCUUCAGUAUCAAUUAAUUUUUCUGGUUUUCUUGAGUAUUCUGACGCACCAUUCGAGACAACCAGCCACUUAAAAUAUCCACGAAUGAUGAAGCUUGGUCGAGAUGUUACUUUGUAUGGCCUAGAGCUCGGCCUUCUUACUAUGAGGAAAGGCGAGUUCUCUCGUUUUCUUUUCAAGCCCAAAUAUGCCUAUGGGGACCUUGGCUGCCCCCCACACAUACCUCCAUUUGCCACAAUCCUCUAUGAGGUGCAAGUCCUCGAUUUCUUGGACACCGCAAAAGUGGAUGAUUUCAUGGAUUUGACUCUGGAAGAGCAGAACACUGUCCCACUCUCAACGUUGCUGAAUGUGGUGGACACACAGCGCAGCUUUGGCAAUCUCUGCUUCAAUAAGAAGAGAUAUGAAGAUGCCCGAGAGAGAUACAAGCAGGCCGUGACACUUUUGCAGAAUCGUGUGCCAGUGGACGAAAAAGAGAAGAAGCAUCUUGAGGAGGUUAAGUUACCAUUCCUGCUCAACCUCUCACUCACAUACCACAGAAUGGAGAAACCUCAGAAAGCCCUUUGCUAUGGUCAGAAAGCCCUGGACAUAAGCCCUCACAACACCAAAGCACUCUUCCGCUGUGGCCAGGCCUGUUUGGAGAUGAAAGACUAUGAGAAGGCACAAGAUUACCUCAUACUUGCUCAAUCAAAAAAGCCAUUUGAUCCCGACAUCAAUACCUUGCUGAAAACGCUUGCUCUCUGCUAUAAAGACUAUUUGGACAAAGAGAGAGAUAUGUGCUCCAAGAUGUUCUCAGCUUUAAAGCCAACAGAAAAGUAAAGAGUUUCCUCACCAUUUGAUCCACAAGUGGGCAGUAAAAGCACAAUUAUAUAGUCAUUUUGGAUUGAAUGGCCAACAUUUGUCAAGUGUUGUCAAACAUUUUAUUGAUGAUUUUUUUCUUUUUUAUUAUUUGUGUGUAUAUAUAGCUUUGCUAUAUAACUACAGCUCUCUGUACACUGUAUUACUGAGCUAAACUGGGCUAUAUUACAACAAACAACUUUGCAGCAUGACGAGAUACUGGUCAUUUUCUCACAUAUUUGCAGUUUUUCAGUAAUGUUCAGUUUUCUGCACAUGUAGUUGAUAAAGUUUCGUAUAAGUCAUAUUCAUUUCUCAUUAUUUCACAUUAAUUUCAAUAAUUUUUAUAUGCCAUCAAAUGCAUGUAACUGCAAUGCAACUGACCAAGCAUUUUGUAUGUUUUAGGUUUGAUAAUGUUGAACAAUUCAAUU